GUAGUGCACGUGCCGUAACGACUGAGUUUCACUCUACGUAACUACGAUAGAUUAGCAAGGAAUUUAAGGAAAUAAUGUAAGUACAAUGGUUGAUCGCCACAGGAACAGCUUUAGUCAAAUUGAGGGAUCCCACGCCUACCAAAGAUGGAAUAUUGGACAAAAAAAUAACGAACAGGAACAAACAUUGCACGAAUACUUAAAUCAGGAUAAGGACAGCGUACGCGCUUCCUUAUUCUUGGCUCCAAUUAAUGCUAGUAAUAUUUAUGCGCGCCGCCAUUCCGCUCACGCAUGUACUGCUAGUGAAGAUAGACGACUAACGAUAUCAACAAUACCACCUCCUAUCCCGGUACGACCACCUCCAGUUCCCAAACGAACCAUUCCUCCAAGACAAGCUACAGUCCCUGGGUCAGCUUCCCAAAAAACUCCUUCUCCAAAUCUAAAUGUUGGAUUAGCUAAAUGUAAAAAAUCAGCUAAACCUCCGCCUUUACCUCCCACUCCAAAAAGUAGAGCUCCACCCUUCAAUCAACUACUUCCGAGCCAGAAGCCAGGUCUACCAACGACAUCUGAACAACCAUAUGAAUCAUGUCAAAACCCCAAUGAGAAUCGAAAUAUACAUCAUAAUAAUAAAACAAAUUUUGAUUUUGAUAACAUAAAAAAAAAUGGAGGGAUUCAAAUCAAACAAGACAACAACAAUAAACCGCCUACUCCGAGUAGAAAGACUAAACCGAGUCAACAGACUCGAACAAUGAGACAAGAUUCUGGUAUAUCUACGGAUAGUUUUAGCCAAAAUUCUUCACCCAGCUAUACAACUAAGAGUAUGGAGACUCCACUAAUUCCUCCAAAACCAUCAACGAAGAGUCAAAAUGGUAAAAUCAUUAAUAAAUCCAAAGAUAUAAAUAGUUUAAAAAGUCCUAUAGAAGAAAAUAAUGGAUUAACGAAAAGUGUCUCUACACCAGUAGGAUUACAGGCUGUUGUUAGAUUUCAUAACGAAUCUACAAUGUCAGUGCAUCACAAGAUUCUUAAAGAAUCAAGAAGACCCUCAGAAAGUUACAAUAAUAGGUUUUUCUUAAGAUUUAGGUUUAUACAACUAAUAGUUAAUGCAUUAGCUUUAAUUGCAAUUGGUGCAGGAAUGACUGUAUAUUUUAAAGCCUUUCCAACAAAUACAGUGACAAUAGUAAACAAAACAAUAAACGUAACUGCCCUACCAGUGAUAAUAGAAAAAAAAAGUGACAAUCCAGCUCCUGGAAUUUGUCUUCCCGUGAUUGUAAAAUUUUGCAAACAACACAAAUUACCAUACAACUAUACAAUUUACCCAAAUUACGUUGGUCAUUUUGGUCAAAGGGAUGCACAAAUAGAUCUAGAAAUAUACGAUGCUAUUGUUGAUGUAAGAUGUUACGAGCUGGCUGCACUGUUUUUAUGUACGAUAUUUGUUCCAAAAUGUGGACCUAAUGGAGUGUUGGUCAGACCAUGCAGAGGAAUGUGCUUAGAAACAAAAAGGCGGUGUGGAUUCUUCUUAGACGUCUUUGGGCUAACGUUGCCAAAAUAUCUAGAGUGUGACCUAUUUCCGGAGUCACCCGAUCCUAACGUUUGUAUUGGACAAGCAGAAGUGAAAGCGGUCAAAAUCCGAGAAUCUAAACCAAUUUGCCCUCAUGGAUUUCAGUGCGAUAUAAAAAGAUGUAUUCCAAUGGAUUGGCAUUGUGAUGGUCAUGUCGAUUGCAAGGAUCAAUCCGAUGAACUAAAUUGCAAAAAAUGUGAAUCUGAUAUGAUACAUUGCGGUUUCGAUAAGUGCAUUAAUCAAGGGCAUAUGUGCGAUGGAAAAGUUGAUUGUCCUUGGGGACAAGAUGAGAGAAACUGCUUGCGACUAAGUGAUGAAAAUGGCGAUGAAGGAAAAGGAAUAUUAGAAGUUUUUCGUCCUGAUCAGAAAAAAUGGGCACCAGCUUGCGUAACUCAGUGGGAUGAUCAUUUAUCAAAAAAUGUUUGCUUUCUGCUGGGAUAUAAAAAUUCAAACGUGAGUACACUAAUCAAUAACUCUGUCGAUAUAAUUGGAGCUGAAGCAAGAUAUCAUGUGAAAGAAGAUUUAAGGCCUCGGGAGUUCAACCUAAUUAGAGAAUUUGCUUCAUGUAAUGGAACCAAUUACCAAACAGUACACUUACAUUGCACCGAAUAUAUUUGCGGAAAAGCUCGAAAAAGAUACGCAGAAAGAAGGAGGGUUCCAAGAAUUGUUGGGGGUUUUGCAUCUAAGCCCGGGGAUUGGCCCUUUCUAGCAGCGCUGCUUGGAGGACCGGAAGAAGUAUUUUAUUGUGCUGGAGUUCUUAUUGCUGACCAAUGGGUACUUACCGCAUCCCAUUGCGUUGGAAACCAUUCCGAUGUCAAUGGAUGGACUAUUCAACUAGGUAUUACUAGAAGACAUGCACAUUCCUUCUAUGGUCAGAAAAUGAAGGUUAAACGGGUAGUACCACAUCCUCAUUACAAUCAAGGAUUUGCACACGAUAAUGAUGUUGCUCUAUUUCAGCUUGCUCAUAGAGUUACUUAUCAUGAGCAUCUACUGCCAGUUUGCUUACCAAAACCAACUCAGACUUUAGAACCUGGAACAAUAUGUACAGUGAUUGGUUGGGGUAAACGAGAAGAUACUGGAGGGUCAGAAUACGAACCGGAAAUAAAUGAGGUCGAAGUGCCAGUUCUAGACCGAAAUUUGUGCAAUGUCUGGCUGGAGCAUCGGGAACUGAACGUAACAGAUGGAAUGAUAUGUGCGGGCUACAAGGAGGGUGGUAAGGAUGCAUGCCAGGGUGACUCAGGAGGUCCUUUAUUAUGCAGGGAACAUAAAAAUUCAGAUAGCUGGUUCGUUGGAGGUAUAGUAAGUUGGGGUAUAAAAUGUGCACACCCUCACUUACCAGGUGUUUACGCUUAUGUGCCCAAAUAUAUCGACUGGAUACAUAGUCAAGUAGAAAAAUAUUCAGAACUGAAUGACUAAUUUAUUGAAAUUUGACAAUAAGAUAUAAUGGAAUGAUUGGUACAAAUUAUACAAGCACCAUGGUUUUCUGUGGCUUUUUAUAACAAAAAAAAGUUUGUAAAGAAAAAAGUGUUUUUAUCAAUGUACUGUGGUCCUAUUACUUUACAUAAAUAUGUGUUUUACAGUUAGACAGAGUUUUAGAUUACAUUUUAGAAAAGACUUUCGAAUAACCGGCAAUUUGUAGCUGGUAUAUCGAAGACUGCACGUUGCAAAAUAUGACUUUGGCAGGGAUAAUUUAUACAGGGUGACUUUAAAACACUAUUUUUUAGAUUUAUGCGCAGUCAUUGCUUUUAUGAUUUGGUAUAAAAAGUAUAUUCUAAACUAUAAUUGUUUCGUAAUGCAUAUCAAAAAACAUUUUAAGAAAAAAAUGCAUAUCAAAAAAUGUUUUUUCUUUAUUGACAAGAAUAUUAUUUUAAUAGUGGAACUAAUAGAAUCUUUUAAAAAAUACCAUGUUGAAUACUACAAUUUUUAAGAGCGCCCUGUAAAGACCCUAAUUGGACUAGGGCUACGCACAAUAAAUGUAGUUUGACCCCAAAAUAGUGAUAUCUUGUGACAAUUUAUUAGUGUUCGAGCGGACCGCCAUCAAUGUGAUCUCUGAUUUAUACUAUUUUAUUAUACAAUCCUUGUGAAUCAUUUUUUGCAUUUGUCCUACACACUUUUUCUGUGGAAAUAAAAUAUAUAAACACUUACGGCAUUUUAUAUUUUCUCAGAAAUAUUUUGGGUAUCUUUCGUAUAUUCAUACAAAUGAAUAUCAGUCCAACUUUAAACAACAGCAAAACAUUAUAAAGUAAUGCAGUCCUUCCAAUAUCCAAACUAUAUACAGAGCGUUUAUUCAACGGUAUACUAAAUGCAGGUAUUUA